AUGAAGAAAAAUAAGAUGGAGUUCUGGCAGCAAUUUGACUUUGCCUUUGGUUUGAAGAAGAAGAAGAAUAUUGUUCUGUUUUGUGUUUAUGUUCGUUUUGUUUACGAUUUCCGUUUUGGGCGCUUUUUUUCCAGACCAAAAGAGAGGGAAAAGGAGAAGAAGAGAAGAAGUGAAGUAGUGAAACAGAACACAAUGAACAGUUCAAAUGGGGUUUCAAUCGAUGAGCUUAUUCAGGAGAAGGAGCUCGAAGAGAGAGUGUUCAGUGAAAUGGCAGCUGUUGCAACUCGACUAGAGACAAAAGUGUCGACCAUCGAGAGACAGCUUGAGGACAUUGGAAAGGGAACAGAAGGCAAGUAUCUGAAGAAGGGCUGUUGUGGUUGGGGGAACUUGUAUUUACUAACAGGAGAUUGUUUUGAUAGCUGUUGA